AUGGAGGGGACAAGUCUGAGAAAGAGGAGAGAGGAUGAGAAGUCAAUCCAGAGCAAUGAACCCAAGAGCACCACUCUGCAGAAGGAGGUGGGCCUGGUCAGCGGUAUCUGCAUCAUCGUGGGUACCAUCAUCGGCUCUGGUAUCUUCAUCUCCCCCAAAUCUGUGCUCAGCAACACGGAGGCGGUGGGCCCCUGUCUCAUCAUAUGGGCCGCGUGCGGGGUUCUCGCCACACUGGGAGCUCUGUGCUUUGCAGAGCUUGGGACUAUGAUUACCAAGUCAGGGGGCGAGUACCCCUACCUGAUGGAGGCCUUCGGCCCCAUUCCUGCCUACCUCUUCUCCUGGACCAGCCUGUUCGUCAUCAAGCCUACCUCCUUUGCCAUUAUCUGCCUCAGUUUCUCUGAGUAUGUCUCGGCGCCCUUCUACUCCGGCUGCAAACCUCCAGACCUGGUGGUCAAGUGCCUGGCAGCCGCUGCCAUCUUGCUCAUUACCACAGUGAAUGCGCUCAGUGUGCGGCUGGGAAGCUACGUCCAGAAUGUGUUCACGGCAGCCAAGCUGGUGAUCGUGGCCAUCAUUAUCAUCAGCGGACUUGUCCUCCUGGCCCAAGGAAAUACGAAGAACUUUGAGAAUUCUUUUGAGGGCUCAAAACUGAGCGUAGGUGCCAUUGGCCUGGCAUUCUACAAUGGACUCUGGGCCUAUGAUGGGUGGAACCAGCUCAACUAUAUUACUGAAGAACUUCAAAACCCCUUCAGAAACCUGCCCUUGGCCAUUGUCAUUGGGAUCCCGCUGGUGACCGGGUGCUACAUCCUCAUGAAUGUCUCCUACUUCACGGUGAUGACCGCCACGGAGCUCCUGCAGUCCCAGGCGGUGGCAGUGACAUUCGGGGACCGUGUCCUCUACCCAGCCUCCUGGGUCGUGCCUCUCUUCGUGGCAUUCUCAACCAUCGGGGCCGCUAACGGAACCUGCUUUACAGCGGGCAGACUUGUGUUCGUGGCAGGCCGGGAAGGUCACAUGCUGAAAAUUCUCUCCUACAUCAGCGUUAAGCGUCUGACUCCCGCUCCUGCCAUCAUCUUUUAUGGCAUCAUAGCAACUAUAUAUAUCAUCCCGGGAGACAUAAACUCAUUAGUGAAUUACUUCAGUUUUGCUGCAUGGCUAUUUUAUGGUCUGACGAUUCUGGGACUGAUUGUGAUGAGGUUUACAAGGAAAGAACUGGAAAGGCCCAUAAAGGUGCCCAUCCUGAUUCCCAUCGUGGUGGUGCUGGUGUCCGUGUAUUUGGUCCUUGCCCCAAUCAUUAGUGAGCCUGCCUUGGAAUAUCUCUACUGUGUGCUCUUCAUACUGAGUGGCCUGAUAUUUUACUACCUUUUUGUCCACUAUAAGUUUGAAUGGGCUCAGAAAAUCUCAAGACCCCUCACCAUGCAUCUCCAGAUGCUCAUGGAAGUGGUGCCACCAGAGGAUGACCCCAAGUGA